AUGGCCUCCUCUGCCGCCUUGAGCACGAUCCGCAGUAAUUGCCGGAAGGUCAUGUGUAUAGGCCGCAACUACGCCGACCACGUCAAAGAACUCAACAACCAACGGCCCAAACAACCCUUCUUCUUCCUCAAACCCCCCAGCAGCAUCUUGCUUCCCUCCGAAGGACCCGUCCUGCGCCCUAGUGGAGUGAACCUGCAUUUCGAAAUCGAGUUGGGACUUGUGAUAGGCAAGAGGAUCCAGAAUCUGGAUACCGAGGACGAUGGCGAGAUUCUGCAGUAUAUUGAUAGUUAUCUCUUGGCAAUCGACAUGACGGGCCGGAAUGUGCAGGAGGAGGCGAAGAAGAAGGGUUUACCGUGGAGUAUAGCGAAGGGGUUUGAUACUUUUCUGCCGAUCGUUGGUCCCAUCUCUAAAUCUACAAUCGCGGACCCGCAUAGCGUGGAGUUGUACUUGAAGGUCAAUGGGGAGGUGAAACAGCAGGAUAGUACGGAGCUGAUGCUCUUCCGCAUCCCGAGGCAGCUGAGCGAUAUUUCAAAGGUCAUGACGUUGGAGCCGGGGGAUAUGGUGUUGACGGGGACGCCGAAGGGGGUCGGGAGUGUAGUUACGGGAGACGUGAUGGAGUGUGGACUGCGGGUGGGGGGAAAGGAGGUGGAGGAGGCGAGGAUGAGGGUUGAGGUAAAGGAUAAGGGGGGUCCCUAUAACUUUGCUGAGACGUGA